UCUUAUAUUAUAUAAUGUCACUUGGGUUUUCAUUUGAGGUUGAACUUGUCUAGCUUGCUCAUUUUUCUGCAUUUCUCAUACACAUACACACCAUUGGAGACGUGUUAAAAUCUAAAAUGUCGAUUCUUGAUAUGAGUUCUUCUUUCUUGGACAAUCUUGAAAUGAAAGAAGGGGUGGUGAUUCAACUGAAAGAUGACAGUAGAGAGGAUCAAAACAACAUGAUGAUCGAAAAUGUGGGAAUCAAAGGUAUUGACAUAGAACCAUGUUUUGACUUAGAACCCGAGUUUGACUUUUGGCCAAUCCAACACCCGACCGAACCCUCCCAUGAAGAUCGGCCCGUCCAGUGUCCUAUGCCUCAUUCUUCCCAUCUUAUCAGUGAUGAUAGAAUGCAAGAUGAUCGGUUUUCAGACCGCAAGAGGCCCGAAGCAAAAACCACUCUCCACAAAGAAAAUAAUGAACUAAGUGCCAUAAAACCGCCUGUUAGGAUGGUCCGCAAGAGGCAUCAUGAUCAUACAAAUGCCGUCAUAUCGUUGCUACAAAUGCCGUCUGUUUAUCCUCAUUUGAACCAAAAAGAUGGGUAAAACCGUCUUCAACAAGUCUUCAGGUUCGAAUCAUGGCAAUCUUGAAUUGAGGUUUUAGUUGCUGAUCAUCAUGGUGUUAUGACAGUUAACUUAGACUAAAUGUCAUAUUCAUUGUUAAAAUCAAAUUAGAUGAACUCUAGUGAAACUUUUUAUAUACAUAUAUGUAUAAUGCAUUAUUAGCCUUUUUAUAUUGUGGCAA